UACUACAUCACUUAAACUUUGCUACUGUGGAACAUCUCUAAGUUUGCGAUAUAUCGCAUGGAUACCUGGGUGUAGAAGAUGAUAAAAUGUCAACCAAUACAUCAAUUGCAUUAGCGCAGCCUUUGUACUGACUAAUAACGUUAUGUUAUGCCGCGCCGAUCAAUGUGAACAAAUACUAUUGCCUCGAAACCAUAAGUGGAACUACUGUGGAGGUAGCCGCUCCAGAUGGCGAAAAGCACCUGUCAGCAUGGAUGAACAGUUUCUCAUGGACAGCAACUGCCAAAACACAAUACAAGACAGAAAAACACGUUCAUCAAAUCUGGGAAUGCAACUAAAAGAAUCGGCAAAGUAUUGUACCAGAAACAACAACAAGGUUUUACUGAAAAUAUCAAGAACUAAGCAGUCGGACAACGUUUCGUUUACCGUAUUAUUGAACAGGCUUCGAAGUGGGAUACGAGAAAUUCAGUCAAGGAGAAAAUUUCGUAAGACAUUCCAUUCAUUUCUCGAGAUUGAAACAGCUAUUGCUAUACUGAGAACAAAUAUGACAAAUGAAUGUCUUUUCGAAAUUAGGGGGACGGAAAUUAAUUAAAUGCGCGGUUUUCUCUUUUUCGACCUACUCGAUUGAUUCUCCCAGGGUUAGCAGUCGUAUUAUGUUACCUUUACAAAUAACACGAAUUUUCCGCCUAACGCUACAUCUAAACGUACCAAGGCAAAAAUUUGUCUUCGUUUUUUCAUUUUAGUUAAUUUGCAAUUGUUCUACGCUACUAAUUAUAUUCUAUACUUUCCUGGAGGUCAUACUUCAGGUAGUCGCCGCAGUUUUCCGUACUCCACGAAAUCCACACCGACGAAAAUUUCUGUUCCUUUCGAUUAGCUUCACCUGAUGGAACCACAUGAACACGUUUCAAGAGGUGCUGUGCUUAUAAAUACUUCGAACGCACUGUCGAGAACAACGCUUGCUUUCUGUAUUUAUUUACUUGCCCUCUUUGAUUGCUUGUACAAACGGAAACAAAUAACCACCAGACCACAUUUGAUUCCCGAGUACAUAAUAUUUG